GCUGUUUGAUAAGAUACAAAUCGCAUAUGGCAAGAAAUACUCAUUAUUUUUGUUUGAAGUCUAUGCCAUGUGACGUUUUGCUUUAUGAUUAAACACUGCAUAUAUCAAUAUACACACGACUAACUAUGUGAAUCAUAAAAACAGGUCUCUAUUGUUUAUUCGAGUAAACAUUAUCAAGUUUACACCGUGAUAUUCAUUAUGUAUAUAAUCUUAAUUAUAUAUGAAAGGAUAAAAAGGAAUUUUAUUUUUUAAUAAUGCAUUCUAUGUGUGGAUUCAUUGUGGUGGAGGGUAUUUAGUAGUGAUUCCUGAAAGCUAUGAAGAUGUUUGGGCGAGAUGACGAACAAAAUCGUCAUUUGUUUGUAGAGAGAGAUGUGAAAUUAGAAUAUCUGACUAUUUUGUAGAUACAAUGUAUUCUUUUUGAAUCACCUGUGACUUUAUUUUUGGUUUAAUAUAUAAAACUAGUUACAUAAAUAACUUUGCAAAUCAUGCAAAUUAAAUCUAUAUUGAUCUUUUUGAUCAAUGGAUUGUUUAUUAUAUAUGUUUAUGGGCAAACUGAAGGAUCAAGGCAAUCAAAUCAUUUUAAGUCAGCUGAGAGAGAAUAUAAACAAAAGAGGGAUACAGAAUUAAUACCAGAGCAAGAUGAUCCUCUUUUAAUGUUUUCCACUCUGGAUGGUUCUUUAGUUGGUAUAAAACAACGUUCUGGAAAUGUGCUUUGGCGGCAAAAUAAUGAACCAAUUGUCAAAGUACCAGUUGAUUUUGAAAGGACUUCCAUGCCUAUGUUUUUACCAGAUCCAAAGGAUGGCUCUUUGUAUGUAUUUGGAACAGAAACUGAAGCUUUAAAAAAAUUGCCAUUUACUAUUCCGCAACUUGUGGCAAAUAGUCCUUGUCGUAGUAGCGAUGGAAUAUUAUAUACUGGUAGAAAGAUUGAUACUUGGUUUGGUAUUGAUCCUAGAACUGGUCAAAGAGAACAACUUUUAGGAUUUGACAAAGUUAAAAAUACUUGUCCCGUAGAAUUGCAAAAUGCUAUUUUCAUGGGACGUACAGAAUAUAAUAUCAUUAUGGUGGACAGUAAGCAAAAGAAUCGAAAAUGGAAUGUUACAUUCUAUGAUUAUUCUGCUACAAAAAUGGAACCUGAAGGAAUAGAAAAUUAUGAUUUAGUUCACUUUGCUACAAGUUCGACUGGACGAAUUGUCACUGUGGACAGAAGACUAGGUAUUAUUUUGUGGGAGUUAGAUGUACAGAGCCCAGUGAUAGCUGUGUACAUUAUAAGAGAAGAUACCUUGUUAACAGUUCCUUUUACUAGUGUUGCCGAUGAAACUCUGAAUAUCCUCUUAAAACGUUUCGCGAACAAACCAAGCGAUAUUCAGUUAUUUCCAACAUUAUAUAUUGGUCAGCACAGAUACGGAUUGUAUGCCCUACCAUCUCUCGUAGAUUCAACAAUCGCUCCAAUAUCGAGUAAUAUUGGACAACUGCUACUUGAAGGUCCAUUAUCGGUUCCACAGUUAGGAAAAAACGACAACGGAAAUAUUUCUCUAUCUAAUGCAUAUUUUGAUAACACUGAUUUUAUUGCUCAACCUGGAUAUCAGAUCAUAACACUGGGUCAUUACGAAAUACCAGCUGAAUAUAAAUUGCAAGAUCAGCAACCGCUUCAAAUUACCGGUCGGUCUGAUCCUGUUAUAGAAACGCUACCUCUACGAUAUUUGAAUUCGACCAGACAAUCAAUCUCCAACUUACGAGAUGAUGAUAAACCUGACAGCAAUGGAAAUAAUGAAUCGUGGAGAGAAUUUAUGCAGAAUGUUUAUAUAAUAAGCAAGAAUUGGUUUAGUCAGCAAGAAAAUAAAGGAUUAAAGUUAACGUUAAUCGGCUUAUUAGGCUGCAUUCUAACGAUGUUUUGGUACUUAAACGCACAAUUUAAGGAAUUUCAACAACUCUCACAGGGUUCUCGAGAAAAUAGUAGUGCUAGUGAUUAUUAUGGAACGCGAUCAGGCGUGCUCGCAGUUCCCGAAGAUGUGGGUAAAGGGAUAGUAAAAGUUGGAAAAAUAACUUUUGAUACUGGACAAAUUUUGGGCAAGGGAUGUGAGGGAACUUUUGUAUAUAGAGGUAAUUUCGAUGGACGUUCCGUAGCUGUAAAGCGCUUAUUACCAGAUUGCUUUACAUUUGCCGACCGAGAAGUAGCAUUGCUGAGAGAAUCAGAUGCGCAUGCAAAUGUUGUACGAUAUUUUUGCACUGAGCAAGAUAGAAUGUUCAGAUAUAUUGCGUUGGAACUAGCUGAAGCUACAUUGCAAGAUUACGUGGUAGGAAAGUAUGAUAAACAAAAAAUAUCUGUGAAAAAUAUUCUGCGACAGGCUACAUCAGGAUUAGCCCAUCUACAUCAUCUUGACAUUGUGCAUAGAGACAUCAAACCACACAAUGUAUUAUUGUCAGCUCCUGGACCAAGGGGCGAAGUAAGAGCCAUGAUAUCAGACUUCGGUUUGUGCAAGAAACUUCAACUGGGUCGUGUAUCUUUCUCGCGUAGAUCAGGCGUAACAGGAACUGACGGGUGGAUUGCGCCAGAAAUGUUAAAUGGAAACAGAACGACUUGUGCCGUAGAUAUUUUUUCUCUGGGUUGUGUUUUUUAUUACGUUCUUUCGGAUGGAAAACACCCAUUUGGAGAUCCAUUAAGACGACAAGCUAAUAUUCUUUGUGAUGAAAGUGAUUUAACGGCUCUUCAUGAUGGAAUCUCCCAAAAUGACAAACAGUUGGCAUUAAUCCUCAUAAAAGCAAUGAUCGCAAAUAAUCCAUCAGAACGACCACCGGUAAUGGCUGUCUAUGGUCACCCAAUAUUCUGGGAUCCUGCUAGAAUUCUUGGAUUUUUUCAGGAUGUGAGCGAUCGAGUAGAAAAGGAGCACAUCGAUAGUCCAACUUUAAUUGCUUUAGAAUCCAAUAGUAACCGAGUGGUACAAGGAGAUUGGAUAUUACUUAUUGACAAAGAGGUUGCAACCGACCUCCGGAAAUAUAGAAGUUAUAGGGGUGAAAGUGUUCGAGAUCUUUUAAGAGCAUUGCGGAACAAGAAGCAUCACUACAGAGAAUUAAGUCCGCAAGCUCAAGAAAGCCUCGGUUAUAUUCCUGACAAAUUUACCAAUUAUUGGCUGUCUAGAUUUCCUUGUUUAUUUUCACAUGUUUGGUGUGCUAUGCAAGCUUUCCGUAAUGAGCCAACAUUAUCGGACUACUAUCAUGUUGAUUACAUAUUCGCAAAUAUUUGCGAACAAGCAGAAUCUUUACAGGUCAGAAAUCCAUGCUCAGUUAAUUAUACGAUGCCGCUGACUUCUUGGAAAGUUCGAGAUAAUAUUGAUUAUAGUCCGAAUAGAACAAGGUACCAUCGGGGUCAUCGAAGAAAACAGGAGAAGAAAAAGCUGGAUAUACCGCUUGCUUGGACCGUAUCUUCAAAUUAGAGUUCUAAGUUUAAAUACUAAAAUGCAUUAUUUUAGCAACGUGGUAUAUAAAUAGUAAAGAGAUUGAGAAACGUACCUUUUAAAAUAUUCAAAGUAUUGAAAUUCUAACACUGAAUAUUAAUCAAUAAAUUUGUAAAAAGAAAAAUCGC